AUGGGCGAUACAGCCUCGGCUUCGACAGACAUUGCAGACGCGCAGGCACUCCUUAGCCUGUGCGACGAUGCAUACCAGCAAAGACGAGUUCCGGCGUUCUUUGAUCAAAUAAUGGUCCCAGAGCACGACUUUGUAGGGGCGGACCCGGCACUGCCUGCACCUGAUCUGACGAUGUGGCUACCUGAUACGGACUGGGUUGGGGAAAUCGAUCUGUUCAACAACGAUUUUGGUCUUUCGAUUGGUCAAACGUUCGAAUCCCAGCAAAUCUUGGAUAACUUCUUCGCUCCAGCCGCUCCAACCGAAACGCCUGAUCGUACUUCACGAAGCCGCGCUGCCACCGAACGUGGAGAUGAGGCAAGGAGACGAUCUGCAAUCUUUGAGCAAUCACCAUGGCUAUGGGUACCGACUCGCAACCAGCACGCAUUCAGUGAGCACGACGGCGUCACUAUCGAUGAACAACAUAUUGAUAUUGCUACGUCGCCGCAUGAGCCGUGCUCAUCCAUCAUCGCCAUCUCAGACAGCCUGUCUCAAGGUGCUCGAGAUCGUAUCUUUCAGCUGGUCUCAAAAACUUCAGCAAGUCGCAUUAUAAUACCAUCCUUUCCUUCCGCGGAUUGCCUUGACAAGCUGAUCAAAGUCGGCAUCGCCAAGAGAAUGGAGACGGACGCUUGGAUACAUCCCUAUACCUUUGACAGUGAAAGCUCUAGGCUAGAAUUACUCGUUGCUCUAAUAGCUGCGGGUUGCAUCUGCUUUGGUCUUCCUUCAGUCAACCGCACAGGUCUUGUACUCCAGGAGAUUGUGAGGGUUGCCCUACAAAACCUCACAGAACGAGACAACAGCGCCUUCCGCGAUCUGCAGUACCUCCAGGCUUCUAUGAUUUGGCUAGAUAUUGGUGCUUUUUGCGGAUACCAGCGAAAGAUGGAGAUCGCUGAGAGCAACUUGCUUCAAUUAGUGACGGCAAUGCGACGCGCGGGAAGAUACGACAAAGUCGCAUAUUCAUCCAUACUUCCUAACAUUGAUGAUAAUGCAGAUGAGAACGAACGCAAGUGGCGCGAGUGGGUCCAGUUUGAGUCCUACAAGCGGCUUGCCUGCCACCUUUUCGAACAUGACAUGGACAUGGCCAUGGUAAAACAUCGUAACCCAUUGCAUUCGUAUUCUGAGAUGAGCUUUCCCUUGCCCUUCUCCCGUUCGCUUUGGCUUGCUCCCUCCGCAGAGGUUUGGCGAUCAAGGAUGCUGAGCAUGAGUACCAUUGGGGGGCUACCAUCGCUGCACGGCAUGCUGAAGGAUGAGGACCCGAUUACAUACCUCUCUCCGGCCGUUGACUCUCAGGUUGCUCGGUCCGUGUAUCUACAUGGAGUGGCAGCACAGAUAUGGGAGCACUCAAAGCAAUGCGCCCUCAUUCAUGAAGAUUGCGAUCCAUCUUUGCAGCUCUGGCUAAGAUCGCGACACCAGAAGAUAUACAACCUGCUCCAAAGGUUUUCACUACCUGGAGACUCAACCUUCGCGUAUACUCGCACCCUGCAUGCUUUCCUUCAAAUGUAUCUGCAUACUUCGGUGGACACCAUUACGCGUUUUGCGGGCAAAUGCGGGGAAGAAGAAGCAAACCGUGCUUACACCCUCCUCCAGCCAUGGAGCCAAACCAAGGAUGCCCGCAUUGCGAUAUACCAUGCCGGUCAGGUUUUGCGUGCCGCGCGCGAAGUCCCUAAUCAUCAACUUCGGGGCCAGGAUGCCCUUAUGACUCACCAUUCUAUCAUGGUGUUGUGGACAUACAGUAUGAUGAUGAGCGAUCGCGCACGCCGAACUGGCGGGAAUACCCCUGUACGGCCAGCUCCAUCUGACGCCUCCCAUGGCCCCAAGGUUUUCCUAGAUGUGCAUCCCUCGGUCAAUUCCGAUCAUGUUGAUGCGUUUAUUCACAAGGAUGUUGGGAAGCCGUGUCUCACUACUAUCCCAUCUACUACACAAGACACUCUCCGAGGGAUCAGUUCAACAGAGCAGGUCUGCGAUCUCCGAUCCCCGUCACAAAUCAUGGAGAUAGGUGUGGAGCUUCUCGAUGCAAAGCAUCCGGAAGUUGAGCGGAAGAUCAAACCGCCUCUCUUGAGAGCGCUGUGCAAUCUUAUGGAGGGACUUGGACGCUUGCGUUAG